ACAUCUUCCAGCGUCCUGACUGGUUUGGUUUCGUUUCUUCUUCAACUUCCACUCCACACCAUUUACCAUGGCUGACUCUGGAAUCAAGCGUAAACGAAAUGUUAGACAACGUCAGGCGUCAUCUAGCAGUAGCGACGGUGAAUCCGAUGAAAAUGAAAACACAAGGGAAAAACUAGAAGCAAUGCGUGCAAUACAGAAGAUGCGGUCACGACAACAUGGAGUGAGUGCAGCCAGUCUUGCACUGGGGAAGAAAAUUGCAAAAACAGAAGAGAUAUCUGAUGCUGACCCGUUCAAAAUGAAAACUGGAGGCAUUGUUGACAUGAAAGCUUUGAAAAAGAAACCUCUGACAGGAGAGGCCGCUGAAGCCAUCGGAACCGCAUUUGCUGCAGAGACCAACAGACGAGAUGAGGAUGCUGAAAUGCUCAAGUAUGUGGAGGAGGAGCUGGCGAGGAGGAAAGGUCACCAUAAGGAGGAGGAGGAAACCAAGGACAGCCAAAAAUCUCAGACAGAUUCUCUGUAUGACCUGCCGGAACAUCUCAAGAAGUAUUCCUCAGAGAAAAGAUCAGAAGACAUGUUGUCCAAUCAGAUGCUUUCGGGAAUUCCUGAGAUAGAUCUGGGUAUCGAUGCAAAGAUCAAGAACAUUGAGGCCACAGAGGACGCAAAACAGAAGCUUCUGGAGGAGCGGAAACGUCUGCGUGAGAACAUGCCAUCUGCCUUUGUCCCUAACAAUGUCGCUGUGAACUUUGUACAGCACAACAGAUUCAACAUCGAUGACAACAAGCCCAAGUUUGUGAAGAAAGUUGAGGAAGCCAAACCAGAGCCUGUGCGGGUCGGUGAUGUGGACAAGGCAGUAACUCCAGCUGAAACGAGCACGACGACAAAGAAGAAGUCUAGUGAAGAGAAAGCAACUGACGAUUUCCACUUUGAGAAAUUCAAGAAACAAAUGCGUCGGUUUUGAUUUUUUUUUUAAAACGAGCGUCCUGUGUUCCUGCGUUGUGCCUGUGAAAGGAGCAAGGAGCAUCCUCUGUUGACCAUGUGAGAUGUUGUCUCCCCUCCAGCACGUUCCACAUCUAUAUACCGGUAUUGUGGCAUGACAUGGUUGGUCGUUACAUAUGAUUCUGAUACUACGGGUAAAUAUUACGUGUGUACAUUCCUGGCCCACAUGUGAAGCUGCAAUGUUGAGUGUCACUGGCCAGAUGUUCUCAUGACAGCAAGAUGUCUAGAGACGGACAGAAGCAGAAAGGGAAGGGUGGUAGUGGGAAAUUGCACAAUGAGUGCACCAUUAGCUCAGUUAGUAUCUUGCUGGACUGCAAUGUGUUUGACCCUGUUUGGGUCCACAUUGAGUGCCUUUAUGGGCUGGGGUUGUUAAGGGUAUUUGUGUGGCUGUCCAGGAAAACCCUUCACAUGGGUCACAAAUGAUUCUUCUGUCAAUUCUUUGUCUCUAUCACUUUUGAGUUAUUUACAUAUUUGGAUUCUGCAUUCAAUUCUGAACAUUUUGCUUUUUAUUUGACUAGAUUAUCUUCAAUAGAUCAAAAGUUAUGGCCUUUUAUGUAUGGUACCCUCCGAAAAGUCACUUUUGAGAAAACAGCACUUAAAAGUUGAGGCCUCCCCAUGUGUUAAUGAUGUCAGUAAAACACAAAAAUUGCAUGCAAACCAUUCCAAAGCAUUUAAUUACAACAUAGUGGUUAGUUGAAGAGUUAAAACCAGAAUUUAUGAGGUUGAAUCACUUACAGUGGUGCAUUCUGCCUGGCGUCAUUGCCGUGCCUUGCUGAGUUGGCCUCAGCCACGUCCACGUCCUCUGCCACGUACAUUCUGGUCUACUCCAUUUGCUUGGCCUGGUUUGGUCUUCUUGGGAACAGGUGUAUCCUCAUCCUCAUCACUGGGCUCCUCUGGUGGAAGUGGAAGUGUGGGGAAAGGGGUGACGAUGUCAUGCUUGUCUGCUGCAACAAAGGGGUGUAUUUCUUUGUGAAGGUAGGCCUGCCUCUGAGCACUGAGACCUGUCUUUGGAAUGAUCUCUGGCAUGGUGUUCUGUUCAGGCAUUUUCUUAACCAUGUCAUAACUCUGUUCUUCGACGUCGAUAUUGGUUUUCACCUUCUCAGAUCCUGUCCUGUCCAUGCGAAAGUGGUGGAAUGACUUGAUCCCCUUGAUUUAAAAAAAAACCUGUCAGAUAAGUAGUCCAGUCGUACGUUGGGACCUCUGUCGGUCCAUUUUCAGUUCCAAUCAGCUUCCCAACAUUCAUCUGGGAUGACGAGUUGACUGUUGACUACGUCAAGAAUAUCCUGCAGACAGUCAACUUUUGUUCAUCUGAAUUUCCGCUUGAUGAGGCCAAAACCUCCGUAUGGGCUGAAUUUGGUAUGUCCAGUAAUCAAGAAGCUAAGACGAAUGACAUGAUUCCGACCUGUUAGGCACCUCCACAGAAUAUACCACAUCAUCUGAUUGUUUUUGUUUUGCCCUGCACAGUUGUCUGCGUGAAGAAGCAGAUUCGUUUCCGCAAGGCUGUGAUUUUCAAGGUAGUCGUGAAGAAACGAAAUAACGACGUUGGCUCCUUUGCCAGUGCUGUGGGCUUCGUCGACAAGAUAAUUGAUCUGAAUGCCACAAGCUUCGCUGUUGAUCCCAAAUAAACCACACUUUCAAGGUGUCUUGAAAUAGAUAGGGCCUGGUUGGUGGGGAUCCUGUGGGUAGUGCAUCUGCUGUGCGAAGUCGAAAGACACAUGGUGCGUACCCUCAAAUGAACAAGCAGGGUGAUUUCCCCGGGGUAGGUCAGCUGGCAAAUUCCGCUUCACUUCCUCGCAGACCUGCUUGUAGUAGGCCCUUUCCUUUUUAACCCUGGAAGCGCGCACCGUGUUCCCAGAAGUGAACCACCAGAAAUGCCCGGUUGCCACGGCCGGUUGUUUACAAAUAUGGGGGUGUGGCGGAGCCAUCAGCUGAGAUUUUACCUGCUCCUGAAAAUUGACCAUUUACGGCUAAACCAAUGAUAAAAGACUUAUUAAACCAUAUAUUUUCUGAAAGCUGAUAUAAUGAGCCAUUCCAAAAAUAAUACUUAUAAAGAUGGAAAAGAUUUUUAUAUGUUUUUUUUUAUUGCUAGAAAUUAGAAUUUUCAAGUUUUACAGUUAUUUAGACUAAAAGAUUUACUUAUGUGACUUACCUUGGCAAAUAAAUCCAUUUUUUUUUACAAUCAGAAACACACCACAGUAAUAGUAAUCCACUUUAAAUAGCACAAACC